GGUGCGGUAAAUAAUGGAAGAUAGAAUGAUAGAGAUAGAAUCACACCCAAGACUGACAUAUCGAAUAAAAAUGAACAUAACUACAAAUCAACAAAUGUGUAAAAUUGAAUCAAUUUACACGUUCUAGGCGACUUAUUCAAUGUCAUAGCUGUUGGAAGCAGUUAUAACUGAGGACACAAUUAAUUUAUUUAUCAUGUGUGCAUCAUGCAAAUCAAAAUGUUACAAGUGUUUAAUUUUUCAUUAAACACAAGUGAUGUACAUCAGAGUUUCCUAAUGCAAUUUGCUUCCACGAUAGACUUUUCUGUGAUCAGAAUAUUGGCUCAUUUAUUUGCUAUUAGAUAAUACUUGGUAUUUGCAUUAAAUAUCUAUUAGUGAAUGGUGUUUGUUUAUAACUCAUUUAGACAAAAUAGAAUUAUGUAUGCUAUAAAAAGUUGUGUAUCAAGUAAAAUUUUAAAUGAUAAUUAUUAUUAUUAACAUUGGUUUUCAUUUAGUUUAUAUUCCAUGCAAAAGUUAUUUAUUAUGAUUAGCCUAAUUAUUUAUUAUAGAUUCAUAGUAUUGGCAAAAAUGUACAUUUUUACACAUUGUAGCUAGGCUACAAGUAAAGAAGGAAAGAAAACUGUUCUCUGUGCAGCUAUACUUGUACAUGAGUGCCACUGGAGGAAUAAAAUGGCAACCCAAAGUGAAAACCCAUAUAAGUGUUUCACUUUGUAGCUAUUCUUGUACUAGAAAUAGUAACUUGAAGAAACAUAUAUUAACUCACACAUGUGUAAAACCUUAUACAUGUUCAAUGUGUAGAUAUGCUACUUCUAGAAACAGUGCCUUGAAGAAACACAUGUUAACUCACACAGGCGAAAAGCCUUGUAAGUGCCCCCUCUGUAACUAUGCCUGUACUUCAAUUAGUAAUUUGAAGACUCAUAUAUUAAUUCACACAGGUGAGAAACCGUAUAAGUGCUCCAUGUGUAGUUAUGCUAGUUCUAGAAGUGAUACCCUGAAGAGCCAUAUGUUAACUCACACAGGAGAAAAGGCAUAUAAGUGUUUCCAGUGCGACUGUGCUUUUACUACAAGGUGUAGCUUGAGAAAACAUUUAUUAAUUCAUACAGGUGAUAAGCCUUAUAAAUGUAUUUUGUGUAGCUACGAUUGUAUAACAAGCGAUAUAUUGAAGAGGCAUACAUUAACACACACAGGAGAAAAACCGUAUAAGUGUCCCCAGUGCAGCUACGCUUCUGCACAAAGUUAUUACAUGAGGAAACAUAUAUUUAAACACACAGGUGAAAAACCUUUUACUUGUUCCCUGUGCAACUAUGCUUGUACUGAAAGUGGCUCAUUGAAGAGACAUUUGUUAAAACACACAAAUGAAAAAACUACGAGUAUGUAA